AUGUCGAUCAGAACUAUCAAAAGUAAAGCGCUCUUGCGAGCAUGUUUUUUGCUGUUGUGUUUUAUAGCAGGUACUUGGGAGCUAUCGAUAACAAAAUUCGAAGUACCGCCGUUGAUUGAGCUUGGAAAAGAUGCUGAUUUAAGCUGUCAGUAUGAGUUAGCAGAUGAUGAUGACGAGUCAUCCGUUGUUGUCAAGUGGUUCUGGACACCAGCCUUAUCGCCAAGUUAUGAUAAAAUACUGAUUUACCAGAGAAUAUCGGGUCGAGCUCCGAUGACUUUUAGACGUCGUAUUUUCGGUCCAAUUGAUAUCAAAGAAAAUGACACAAUCUCGUUAAUGAGUAUACAUCCUCUAAGUUCGGGGGUGUACGAGUGUGGAGUGUCCAGCUACAAGGAAGACGCACGAAAAAACGAAACAUUGACUGUGAUUAGUGGAGGCACAGGCCCUGUUAUAAAACUUAACGAAAUCAUAGAGGACAGUACAGAAACGAAAAAGAAAAACGAACUUUUAAAAAUAGAAUGUAGUGCGGAGGACGUCGCACCGCCGCCAAAUCUUGGAGUUUCUAUAAAUGGACAUAAUGUUAAAACGGUCACAUUCAUAGAGGAUGUUAACCACGACGCACUGUAUAAAGCUACCGCCAACGUAAUAGUGAGUGGCGAUCACAUUCUCAAUGGCGACAAUGAAGUUAAAUGUGAAAUGUCAUUUUUUCAAACCAACGACACAGUUCUUCCAUGGGUGGCUAUUACCAAGUUUGUAGUUAUUUAA